CAAUAGUCAGCUCAGAAAUAAUUAGUUCACAAAGAAGCAGGGAUUUGUCAUUUGUCAGUGGAUACAGAUGGAGUUUAUAUCAAACCUUGGUGCUGGGGCUUUAGUCAGGUCUUUUUCAUCUGUGGGCUCAGAGAUAACCCGUCGGGUGAAAACUGCCUCUGCCCCACCACAGAGGCCGUUCCGUGUUUGUAGCCAUGAUCGCAGCGUACGGAAAGGAGUUACUGCUGGGUCCCUCAGAGAGCUGAUAGCAAAGGCUAUGGAUGCUCUUUUUCUUUCUGGUAUUGUGACUUUAGUACUGGAGGAGGAUGGGACACUCGUGGAUACAGAAGAUUUUUUUGACACACUCAUGGAUGGCUCAGUGAUCAUGAUCUUGGAACGUGGACAGAAGUGGAACCCAACAAAGGGUGUCCUGUCUUACUCCUUGCAGCAAGAGAAGCCGAAGAACAGUCGGGAUAUUGCACGAAUCACCUUUGACAUAUACAAGCUAAACCCACGUGAUCUGUUUGGCAGUCUGAAUAUAAAGGCCACGUUCUAUGGCUUAUAUUCCAUGAGCUGUGAUUUCCAGUGCUUGGGACCAAAGAAAGUCCUCAGAGAGGUCUUGAAGGUCCUUUCAGCAGCGCUGCAUGGAGUGGGACGUCUGAUGCUUACUGCGUCUGGACUACUGAGACGCUUACUGGAUGGUGCAGACCACACUAACCGCAUCUGCGAGUAUGAAGGCUGACCUUCUGUUCUAAAUCACAAAAGACAGGAAUUCAUGCAAUAAACAUACUUACUGUACCAAGAAUAUGUACUGCAACCUACUGACAUUAGUACGUAGUUACUGUUCUUUUAUCUUUGCAAUAUUCAGCUAAAGCAUUAACUCUUUCUCCAGACCUGUACUAAAAUAACAAAAAUAAAUCUGAAAUUACCAUCAACAGUAUGGCAAAUGAGCAAUUAGGGCAUCUUAUGCAUUAACACUAUAUAUUCACUAAUACAAAUGUGUAAUAUAAAAGCUGAAAUCAAGAUAAAUCACAUCAGACAUUUAAUGUUACCUUGCAAUGAGCAACAUUCAAGUGAAAAAUAGACAAUUUGUAGGAAACAAACGCACAAAUAUUGAAAUACAAGCUGUGUUCAGAGCUAACCAAUCACAUUCAAAAUAAUGUUUAAAGGUAAUUAGUAUACAUCUGCCAGUCAGGAUCAUUCCAUUUGGUGCGGUGGAUACAAAAAUACCAGAGCAAUUCAAUAUAGCUCCAGUGUGUGGAUGGCUACUUCAAAAGGCAGCAGUUUCCAUGAUACCACAGAUGAUUCUGCCACUAAUGAGUGCGACAGUACACUGUCAGGACUGACCCGGCAGUAUUUGAAAGUGUUUGUGCGCAUAAUCCCAUAGGAAGGCGCACGUUUCUGGGAAGCGAUGCUCCUAAUAAUGAUGUGGUACCCCAUUAGAAGACUUGUUCCCUUGCCACUAUGAAAGUCCCAAUUCCCUCCUAAGGGGACUUAUUGCUGCCCAGCUGGGCAGAAUCAACAGCACUGUAGGAGUUAACAAAUUCCCCUGUACUAUUGACGUCAGCAGCAACAUAAUGCAGUGGGCACUAGGACCCAGGACAUCUGAGCGGCAUCCCUGGAGAAUGGGACGCCUGGAACCCUGCUGAUUUGCUGCCGCUUGGCGGGAAGGGCGGCGGGCGGAGUUACCGCAUGUGUGAAGAGUUGUAGCCCUGAAGUGAUGAAGGGGUCUAUUCAUGAAGCAGUGAAAAGAGUGGAGAAGUGAGCCUGUGUAGAAGCUCCUCGUGGCAACCAAUCAGCUGCUCUGUACAACUGUAUAGUAUGCAAAUGAUAAAUGUUACUUCAAUGCUGAUUGGUUACCAUGGGCAACUUCUCCACUGGCUCACCUCUCCACUCUUUUCACUGCUUCAUGAAUAGACCCCGUGGAGAGGUGAAGCGUGUGCAGGCUGCUGGAGAGACCGCGGAGUGAGGGGACACUGGGGCUGUGCUUCGCGGGAAGAACCCGCUAUUGAGGACAGGAGUCCGUCGGGCAGAGCACUGUGAAAGGGCUGCGGUGCCUCUAAGGAGAGUCACCAGGAUAAUCACCGGGGUGCUGUGGCCAGGCACUGCUGAGGAAGCAGCAGAGCGACGGUGCGCAUCACGAUACUGGGGAGCUGAGCACCGAUAAAGCGGGAACGGGAGAGACGUCUGACCAGGGGUGAGCCAGCCCGAAACUGUGGGAGUGGCACACACCAGGGGUGGCCAGUCAGUCACAAUUAUCCAGCAUGUCCCUAGACACACAGAUAGACGGUCAUUACACUGUCUCCACAGCUUAAGCCAACCAGUGCAAGUGUUAGCCAGAGAGCCAACUAGAGCCCUUCUUAGAUAUCCAGUCAGAGCUGGUCAAUGACGGCACUUUCCUCCGAUAAUCAGAACUUUCCGACACUCAAUAUUCAAUUGAAGUGCCGAUUUUCCGCCCUGUCAGACAUUCUGACAAGUCGAAAAACACAUGGAUGAGCUGGAUCUCUGCUCAUCCAUGUGUUUUCGACUAUUCAUUUUCGCCCAUAAGAGAGGGCGGAAAUUAUUGGUCGGAAUGGGAGGGGAAAUGGGCGAAAACGGACAGCUACUUAAUACUGAAGUGUCGGAUACUCUCCGUUGGAGAGUAUCCGCCUGUGAUUGAAUAUCCCCCAUAGAUGGAGAGCAGGAUAUUAUACGCCAACGCCAGAGCCCCUUUCAUCACAGGAGUCUUUCUACUGACUUUUACCCUUUAUCACAAUAUCUGGCAGGGAAGUGUGAGCGGUAGAACUAGUGCACCUGAGUUGCCCAUUAUUUAUCGGGCCUGCCAACGAACUGAGAGGAUAGACACAAGACCUGCAGGCAGCAUUCUAGCCUUUUUAAGAACUUUUGUCAUUCCCUGCUUACCGCACUGCAGCCAUCUGCUUGUUUAAUUACUAAUAUACUGCAUUGUGCUGUUUGUUGCUACUUACUGCUGAAAACUGUGCUGCUUAUUACCACCUGCUGCUCCCAAAAGGACUUUAUCCUAUCUGCUAUCUAUUGCUACAUAAUUGAACUCUGCACUGUAUGUAAGCUUGAUAUACUGCUUCACCUCUUGCCAACUUCUACUAAAGUGAACUGCUAUACUUAAAAGAAAAGGGGUUUUACUGUUGGUCUAUAGUGAACAGAGCAUUGACUAGUAUUCAAAGAGGCCAGAGGUACAGUGACUAAGCAAUGAGAGGCACUAGCUGCAACCUGGUGGACAAGUUAGGUCACUAAUAGUGAAUAACAUUAACUAUACGGUGAACUCUAGACAGAUAUGUUUACUGAUUUACUUGAACUGCGUUCUAUGUUCUUAUCUAUUCUGGUACUGCAUUUUGCAUUUUUGAAUGUACUGUAUUAUACCUAUGGCACUGCUAUAUAAAUGUGUAUUGUAUCUUUCUGAUUUUUAACCAAGUCAAUCCUACAACGGUGAUCAAUUACUUAUCCCGAAAAAUAAAUAUCAGAUCACCGUCAAAA